AUGGAUCAGAGGAAGUACCUACAAUACAGCCGGCUCAGCUUCAGGCGAGCGGGUCAGGAGGGCCCCUUGACAAGGCUGCUGCCCUGCACCAAGGAGGAGCUGAAGAGCCACACCCCAAUCGAGAUACAGGGCGUAAAUACGUACGUGGCGCCCAGCUUUGCCCAGGACUCUGAGCAUGACGACAACUACCCGCCAUACAACAAGCCCGGCGCUAUCACACACUGGCUCAGGUUUGCUGAGCCAGAGGAGCUUUACAUCCUCAUCAUGGACUCCGACAUCAUCAUGCGCCGCCCUUACUUGCCCGAAGAGCUCAAAGUCAGGCCAGGUUGGGCAGCCGCUCCCUACUUUGACUUUCUGAAGGGGGUCACCAACGAGCUGGCGAGGACACACCUCCAGGGAGUUGAGCCGCGCACAGACACGAAUCUGGGGCCCAAGGGGCGCCUUGCUGACAUGGCCGGUGCGCCGUACUUAAUUACAAAGGAGGAUCUGAAGAUGGUGGCGCCCAUGUGGAGCACCUUCACCCGUAAAGCAUGGAAUUUGACGGGGGACAUGCACGCAAUGGAGGCGGGACAGAAGCCGUGGAUCGCGGAGAUGUACGGGUAUGUCUUUGGCGCGGCAAAGGCGAACGUGUGGCACAACCCGGUGGACUAUUUCCAGUGGAUCUACCCUGGCUACUUCACCAGCGAACCGCCGAGUGUGCUACACUAUGGGCUGCUGUUCGAGGUGAAGGGCCACGGCUUCGCGUUUGACAAGGCCUGGUUCCACGAUUUUGACCCGCAGCAGUGCACCCCCUGGGACCUCUCCCUGGAUCGCCCUACUGCUGGCCUGCUCCCCCUGCCCCCAAGCCCCUCCACCUUCACAGAAGUCACGGGCCCGUUCCUGCUGAAGCUGCUGCUGGCGAUCGAGCCCCUUGUGGUUCUCAAUUCUGCGCUGUGUGAGCACCACCUCACCCACUGCCCCAUCUCCGACCAACUCCUCACUGAGUGCGCAAAGGUGGCAAAGCUGGAGCAGGAAUUGGACGAUGCUUAUGAUGACCUGGAGCCUAUCCUCCGAGGCACAGAAUGCAAGGACCAAUAUCCGGACUGCCCCGGCUGGGAGAAGACGAACCAGUGCGUCGAGAACCCCACAAUGAUGCUUGGCGCCACAGACCUGGGCCCCGGCUGCCGCAAGUCCUGCAAACGCUGCCACGCCAACGAUGGCAUCAAGACGAGGGAACGGGGCCACGAUGAGGUGUUGGAGGACGGCAGCAGCCAGAGCCGCUCGCCUGUUCAGGCGCUGUUGGAGCGGCACAUGUCCAGCCGGCAGAGCCUGGCCGCGCGCAUCUGGGCCAACGGCGUCGGCAAGGGUAGCCAGGGGAAACGGCGGGAGCCGCGGCCGCUGCCGAGGCUUAAGAAGGACUUGGAGGACGCGAUGGAGGUGAAGAAAGAGGCCAGCAUCGGCAACGUGCGCCUCAAGCUGCGGCGCAAGAGGACCUCUACAAGCGGCCAGCCGCGGGUCGCGCAUCUCAAGGUGCACGUCCAGGGGAGGAGCAGUGGCAUGAUGGAUGUGCUGAAGGGGCCCAGCCAGGAGCAGCUCUCUGCUGAGGCAGUGCUUCAGGCCAGCCUACAGCGGGUGAAAUGGCUAGCAUCCUGCGGCCCUCGCAUCUUCUAG